AUGGCCCUGGAGGAGAAGCGUGAGAAGCGCCCGCCCGUCACCCCCAUGAUGAUCGAGGAGGAGGCCGCCUUGCGGAACGGCAGCCGGGGGCUGCCGCCGGGACCUUGGGCCGAGGCGGCGGGGCCAAGACCCCGCACCACGGAGCGGCACAUCGCCGUGCACAAGCGCUUGGUGCUGGGCUUCGCUGUCUCCAUCCUAGCGCUGCUGGCAGUGACCAUGAUUGCCGUGCUGCUCAGCGUCCGCUUCGAGGAGUGCGGCGCCGCCGCCGACGGUCCGCCGCGGGCCGGCGGCAACGGGAGCCUCUCGGGGGUAGCCCGGCAGCCGCACGGUGCGGGGCAACCCCCCGGCCGGCCGGAGGAGGAUGCGCGGGGCGGGGAAGCGGCGGAGGAAGAGGAGGAGGAGGAGGAGGAGGAGGAGUGGCAGCGGCGGCGGGAGCUGCCGCCCUGGGCCCGGCCGCGGCUGCCGCGGCACCUGCGGCCGCUGCACUACAACCUGAUGCUGACCGCCUUCAUGGAGAACUUCACCUUCAGCGGGGAGGUGAACGUGCAGCUGGAGGUGCGUAACGCCAGCCGCUACAUCGUGCUGCACGCCCACCGCAUGCACAUCGAGGCGGUCCGCGUGGCCGAGGACAAGCUGGCCGGCGGAGUGCGGGUGGCCCGCACCUUCUUCUACCCCCAGACCCAGGUGUUCGUCGUGGUCCUCAACCGCAGCCUGGAGGUGCAGAGAAGUUACAACCUUAAGAUCAUCUACAACGCCCUCAUCGAGAACGAGCUGCUGGGCUUUUUCCGGAGCUCCUACGUCCUCCACGGCGAGCGAAGGUUUCUUGGUGUUACACAGUUUUCUCCUACUCAUGCCAGAAAAGCCUUUCCUUGCUUUGACGAGCCCAUCUACAAGGCCACAUUCAAAAUCAGCAUCAGACAUCAAGCUACUUACUUAUCUUUGUCCAACAUGCCAGUUGAAACUUCUGUUUUUGAAGAAGAUGGAUGGGUUACAGAUCACUUUUCACAGACCCCUCUCAUGUCCACCUAUUACCUGGCUUGGGCAGUGUGCAAUUUUACAUACCGGGAAACUGUCACCAAGAGUGGAGUAGUUGUACGGUUAUAUGCAAGGCCUGAUGCAAUCCGAAGAGGAUCAGGGGACUAUGCUCUAAAUAUUACAAGGAGACUCAUUGAGUUUUAUGAAGAUUAUUUUAAAGUGCCCUAUUCCCUGCCAAAAUUGGAUCUGUUGGCUGUGCCUAAGCAUCCAUAUGCUGCUAUGGAAAACUGGGGACUGAGUGUUUUCGUGGAGCAAAGGAUACUGCUAGAUCCAAGCAUUUCUUCUAUUUUAUACCUACUGGAUGUCACCAUGGUCAUUGUACAUGAGCUAUGUCAUCAGUGGUUUGGUGACCUUGUGACUCCAGUUUGGUGGGAGGAUGUGUGGUUGAAAGAAGGUUUUGCUCACUAUUUUGAGUUUGUUGGGACAGACUACCUCUACCCAGGGUGGAACAUGGAAAAGCAGAGAUUUCUGACAGAUGUCCUACAUGAAGUGAUGUUGCUGGAUGGGUUGGCCAGUUCACAUCCAGUAUCCCAGGAAGUGCAGCAAGCCUCAGACAUCGACAGGGUGUUUGACUGGAUUGCCUAUAAAAAGGGUGCAGCUCUGAUUCGAAUGUUGGCUAGCUUUAUGGGUCACUCAGUGUUUCAAAUGGGCUUACAAGACUAUUUAACCAUUCACAAGUAUGGCAAUGCAGCCAGAAAUGAUCUCUGGAACACAUUGUCAAAGGCUUUAAAAAGGGUUGGAAAAUCUGUAAAUAUCCAAGAGGUAAUGGAUCAGUGGACACUACAGAUGGGUUAUCCUGUUAUCACUAUCUUGGGAAAUGAAACUACAGACAACAUCAUAGUCAUCUCCCAGGAGCGUUUUGUUUAUGAUAGUGAUACUAAACCCAAGGAUCCUGCCCGUGGGGACAACAGCUACUUGUGGCAGAUUCCAUUAACAAUUGCAGUAGGAAAUACGAGCCACAUCUCAUCAGAGGCAAUUAUAUGGGUGUCUAACAAAUCAGAACACCACAGAAUUCCUGCUUUGGAAGAGGCGAGUUGGUUGCUGGGGAACAUCAACCAGACUGGCUACUUCAGAGUUAAUUAUGAUAUUAGGAAUUGGAAGCUGCUAAUUAACCAGCUAACAAGGAACCAUGAGGUUAUCUCUGUCAGUAAUCGAGCAGGCUUGAUUGAUGAUGCAUUCAAUCUAGCCAGAGCUGGUUAUUUGCCUCAGAAUAUUCCUUUGGAGAUUAUGAGGUACCUUUCAGAGGAAAAGGAUUUUCUGCCUUGGCAUGCUGCCAGCCGAGCUCUUUAUCCUCUAGAUAAAUUGCUGGACCGUACAGAAAACUACAAUAUCUUCAAUGAGUAUAUUUUAAGACAAGUGGCAUCAAUGUAUCUGAAGCUUGGAUGGCCAACAAACAAUUUAAACAAAUCACUUGUUCAAUCAUCAUACCAACAUGAAGAGCUGCGUCGGGAAGUCAUCAUGUUGGCCUGCAGCUUUGGGAACAAACACUGUCACCAGCAGGCUGCAACGUUAAUCUCAGACUGGAUUUCUAGCAAUAGGAACCGAAUCCCUCUCAAUGUGAGAGACAUUGUCUACUGUACAGGAGUUUCACUGAUGGAUGAAGAUGUAUGGGAGUUCAUUUGGAUGAAAUUUCAUUCUACCACAGCAGUGUCUGAGAAGAAAAUACUAUUAGAAGCCUUAACUUGCAGUGAUGACAGAAAUUUGCUUAACAGACUUUUGAAUUUGUCUCUCAACUCCGAAGUUGUCCUGGAUCAGGAUGCAAUUGAUGUGAUAAUCCAUGUAGCUCGAAAUCCACAUGGAAGGGAUCUUGCUUGGAAGUUUUUCAGAGACAAAUGGAAAAUACUGAAUGCUAGGUAUGGAGAAGCAUUAUUUAUGAAUUCAAAGCUUGUCAGUGGGGUCACGGAAUUCCUCAAUACUGAAGGAGAACUAAGAGAGCUAAAGAACUUUAUAAAGAGUUACGAAGGGGGAGCUGCUGUCUCUUUCUCUCGUGCUGUCGAAACAGUGGAAGCCAAUGUGCGGUGGCAAAGGCUUUAUAAGGAAGAACUGUUCCAGUGGCUAAGAAAAUCCUUGACACAGUAAUCUGUCUUUUUAGCCAAUCAUUUAACAUGAUGCAAGAGGAUUCUCACUGCAAGAGGAAGAGGAGACAUUUUAAAAGUGUUCAAGAUGAAAAUCAUGAAGACAAGAUCAGAUUGCAGGGAUAAGGUUUUUUGGUUUAUUGUUUUUUUCAUUGUGGAUUUUUCUUUUUACACUGAAAUCUUGUGAAAUUGUCAAGAAGAUUUUCAGAAGAGAAGAUCAUGAAUGCUUGUGAAACCCGGUCCUCAAUGUACACAACCAAACAUGAUAUUAAGUGGUGCAUGUAAAUGUUGGGAAAAAAACAAACAAAAAUCCUUCAAAGACUAUUUUGUGCAUGCUUGUACUGUCUCUGCCUGUAUUUUAGCAUGCUUAUGUAUAACAGCCACAUUUUGUAUGUGAGUUCUGGUUACAUCAAAGUUGGGCAUUAUACAAAGCACAAAGACUCUACGACAAUCACUGUUUCAAUGGACAAAAGGAAAGCCAGGAACAGGAAAUGCAGAAGGCUUCCAGCUUGGGGCGGUAUGAGAUGUAAAAUCAACUUUCCCACUUGCUGCCAGUUUGUCUACCACUCAGAUUGUCUCUUAAUGAUUACAAAGAUGCCAGUUCAUUUUUCAAGUUACCAGUUGUAUCUGCAGUCUCCAUAUUCCUUUACUUAAAUAAGCAGAAUAGUGAGAGAAGAGAAAUAGAAAAGGGCCAGGAGCAGGAUUAGAGAGAGAAAAUGAGAAGAACAUCAUCAUUACAUUAUAAUCAUAUACAUUUGUUCAUUGCUGAUCAGUGAAACAGUGUAGUUUCAACUGUGAACAUCUGCUGGGGCAGGAGCUUUGCAGUGAUAUCACAGAAUCCAUGAACCACCUCUUCUCAGCUACUUUACAAGGCACUGAAAUUCACAAUGGAUCACCCAGAUCACCCAGCCUGUGCAGUAGUAAGUUUUAUAGCUCAUAGUGCACAAGUAUUAUAAAUAAACAUAGGAUUCAAAUGAAAAUUAGGAAAAAGGGAGAUAUCUUGCAUGCAAAGACUUAAAAUUACCUAAGAGGGCUGUCUUUCAUGUGGUAGACCAGUCUCUGUAGUGAUUUAUUAUGAUAGACAGGUCAGAUUCUCUGUAUGGGCAAUAAUUUUGCAAAUAUAGAAUGUACUAUUUAUGCCAUCAUUGAAAAGUGAAAUAUGGAGAAAGUGAGGGGGGUGUACAUGUGUUUAUUUGUACUGACUAAUACUAAGAACAUGGUUUUCUUUCUGUUCCCUUGUACUUCACAUAGACUAUUGUUCAUGAAUGACAUUUUUCUUAAUCAAGUUUGUUUCUUCUCAAUCCUUAAUCUGAAAGAUCAGUGACACAGUGGAAUUGUACAAUGACUAUCUGCACUCUGAAGCUAAAUGCUGAGCAUAAAACUGGAGGGGGGCCAAAUACUCUCUCAUGUCUACACUGUGGAGGAAAAAGCCACAAGAAUACAGUUUUCAGGAGUCAGAUUGCAGCAGCUUCAGAGGUAGAAUGUAGAUGUGGGGCAGUGCUUCUUUGUCCCGUCCCAAGCUAUCCCAACCAUCUGACCACAUCAUGGCUGUGUACAUUGGGAACACAUGGCCCACCAAAGCAGAGAGCAGCCAUUCUAUCUGGUUGUUGCCCUCACAAGGCAUGGAAAUUAACUAACAUGCUUUACACUUGCAGUUGCUUAUCCCCAGUAAGUUGUGAAUUGAAACAUUAGUGUGAAAAGAACCAAACCAAACCAUCUUCAGAUAUUUUCAGAGUUAUGUGGAGACAGUAUUGUUUUCUGGGCUCUCAUUCCCAAGGUAUUCUGCUCCUCAAAAACUAGCAGACCCAUCCCAAAACAGAGCUGUUGUGCCCGUUUUGCACCUGUCAUUGUGUGCCCUUUACUUUUAGAGGCUGUUGUUUGUGGAUUGGGUGCAUGAAAUCCUUGUGUGGGCAUUUGUUCAGCUGUUUGGUGCUGUGUAGCACAUUAGCUUGACUCAUGUAUAACCAAAAGAAGAGGAAAUCCUGUGCUCUUGUACUGUUAACUCUUUGCCUUAUAGCAGUAAGCCCUAAACCUUUGUGCUAUGUUGCAGUGCUAGUGAACCUGCUGCCCAGAGACACUAUCAUGUCAAAGCUGAGUGAAAUCCUCCUCCUCCUUUGUAUUUUACCUACCUCACAGGGGUGUUGUGAGGCUUGACUAAUGUUAGCAAAGCACUUGAAUAUCUUCUUAUGAAAGGCAUUUAAAAGUGAAAAGUAUUAUUUUAUGCGGUUGACCAAACACGACCUUAAUGCCAGUAUGUAGCGUCACAUUUUUAAUUUCUACUGAGAAAAAUCACAUGCAGACUUUUUUUAAUAAUAAAAACGCAAGCCAAAUACUAUUUAGUAUAACCUCUACCCUGUAAUGAAGGCCAAAAUUGUGAUAUCCAAAGAGUGUGCGGAAAGCCAAGCCCUCAAAUAUGAAUUGCUUGGAGGAUUUCAGAGAACAGAAGAGUGUGAAAUGGUCUGUACCUUUACAAUUUUAGUCAGUAUUGUCUUUGAUGACUUUUCUUUUCCAGAACCACAGAUGGAACCACAUACCUUGCAAGUUGCACAUAAAAGUUUCUGGUCUUCCCACUGAUAACAGUAUAUUUCAAAGUCAAAAGUUCAUUACAGCCUGUGUGUUCUGCACAGUGCACAGAAAUUCCCGCUCUUGCUCAUUUGGAUUGAAGUUCUUGCACAUUUAGCUGGUGUUGGAUGUAAAUUGAUAUUUUAGUGGCCUUGAGCAACUGGUCUACCACAGAUAUCAAGUCCUAAGUGUAUACAUUAUACAUACCUGUUGAUGUGUUGCUUAUAUAAUGGUUGUAUUCUUAUAAUGUUAGUAUUAUUGCUCUAAGGUUGAACUGGCCUUUCCAUUAUAAUUCUCUAUUAUUUUAUUUUUUAUGUUUUGUAUUUUGCUGUUUCACACUGAAUCGGGAUUAAAUUUAAAUGGAUUAAAUCUAAAAAAUCCCAUAA